UUUCCCCUCACGCUCUCUAAAAGAGCGUGCAGUCGUCGUUUCACUCUAUUUUGAAAGCGUCGGACCUCCGUGUUUUGCCAUCUACGUGUAUUUCUCGGUGUGCUUGAGCAUCACCAUGAUGCCGUGAUCUGAGGGGUCGUCCGUCCGAUAGACUCGCCUUAUCAUCGCUAUCAAAUGGCCCACUGGAAGGAGGAGUACUCCGCUGCGCUGGCGGCUCGUGAUCGACGAGAGAAAGCCAACAUAGCUAUCUACGAUGCGUAUACUCAACUGGCCGAUCGCACUGGCCGCAUAGGAGCAGCAGCUAGCAAUCCGCAGAGCCCGGUUCCCGCUGAAGGUGGUCAGCAGGUGCCGACCGACAUUUCAGGAUCCCGUUCCGGCAGACAAACGUCAGGGUCGCAAGACCCAUCUCUACAAGAGUCUCUUCUUGCAACACGUGCAGACCUUGCUGAAGCGCAACGGUCACGUUCCGAACUGCAAGAGCGGCUCGCUCGUGUGACCACUGAGCUGGAAAAGCUGCAGAAACGAAACACCCAAGAUGGCAGGCGGAUCCAUGCAUAUGGGAGUGAGGUAGCGCAUCUUCAACUGCGCUUGAAAGAUCGCGACGAAGAGUUGCGAGGGAAGGCAAAAUUAUUGGAAGAUUUCCAAGACGAGCUAGCCUCGUUAAAUCUUCAACUGAACAUGGCUGAAGAGCGGUCUUCCCGACUCCAACGGGAAAACCAAGAGCUCGUUGAUCGCUGGAUGGCUAGGAUGGGCAGGGAGGCAGAAGCCAUGAACGCUGCCUCUCAGUUCUCAUGAGAAGACUAUGCAACGACCGCUAUAGACAUUUCCAGCCCGCUUGAUUCUGGGCUGAUUUAUUGAAAUUUAAUUUUGCAUUGUAUCAUAGACUGGUGUCCAGUAAUAGGUGCUGUCACAGGCUGCA